AUGAUUUAGUUGUUCAGAUUCUGUUCAGGCAAGAUUACAACAUCGUUUCCAAAGUUGUCAUUCAAGGUGAAAGAUUUCUCAAUUCUCAAAGGGGAAAAACCAACUGCCCUGAAAAUGGAGGAUGUAAAAACAUUAUUGAAGAUGCAUCAAUUAGGAGCCACUUGGAAAUUACAAGAUGACCAUUCUCUGUAUAAGGAAGUUAAGUUUUCUAAUUUCAAAGAAGCAUUCUCGUUUAUGACUCAGGUGGCCAUAUUCAGUGAAUAGAUCAAUCAUCAUCCUGAGUGGGAGAACCUAUUCAAUACAAUAAAGAUUAGACUGAUCACUGACGAUGUUAACAAUAUAACAGUCAAGGAUAUAUUCUUAGCCUAUGCUAUAGACAACAUUGCCAUGAAUGUACAAGUCAAAUCAGCCGAAUCAACUAAUGAUACAAGAAUAUUAGAAAUUGCAAAAAUAGCAGAAGCAUGGAAUUUCAAUUUCGAUUAGUUUCAUCGUAUGAUUGAGACUGAUUCUAAAUAAAUAUGA